AUAAGAUAUUACGAAAAAAGAAACACAACUCUAGAAUCUUUUAUUUAUUUAUUUAUUUAUUAAUUUAUAUCUUGGGGUGAUGUAAUGGUGGGGCAAGUAUGUUUAUGUUGGGUUUGGGUACUAAAUUGGCACUACAUAUGGAGAGAAAACAAGCUCGAUUCAUUUGGACAAGACACCAACACAUAGACGUAAACAGAAAAAAGAAGAUCCAAAAUCUCCAAGUCCUUUUUUAUUUAUUUAUAGAUUUUCCACUACUAUUUAAUUAAUUAUAUAUAAUAUCUUCUUCGGUUCUCACUUCAAUUUUAAUGGUCUCUGACUAUAGUUUCCAUCAUCCUCUCAUGCAAAUAUCUCUCUCCAUUACAGUCUUUCAGUGCAUGGGAACGAAGAUCGUAGGCAGAAGAGAGGGUCGUUGUAGGGUUAGGUCCAUGGAUAGUUUCCUUGAAAACCAAAACCUCAAUUCCAUCAGAAACACAAUGCUAGCCCAAGAAGACAUUUUCAAGAACCAGGUAAGAGAGCUGCACAGAGUGUACGGUGUACAGAAGGUAAUGAUGGAGGAGCUGAAGAAGGAGACCAAACAAAGACGACAAUGGAGUCAUGAUGAUAACCUAACGUACCCACAACAACCAGCAGCUUCUCACAACAACAGCAGCAGCUUCUUUUUGCUCGAUUUCAACAACAGCAGCAAUCAGAGGCGGAGAGAUAGGAGCCGGAGUGGCUCAGGCAUCGAACUCGAGAGCCCUGCUGCAGAAAUCUCGGCCGUCGACCUCGGACGACCAACGAGGACGAACGGAUCGGACACGAUGGAGGAGAUAGAACUAGAACUGACCUUGAGCAUCGGAAUGUCCUCUUCGUCGGAUAACCAGAGGGAAACGACGACAACGAACAACAACAACUCUUCGACAACCUCGUUUAGAUCGGAUAAUGUUGACAAUAAUAAUAAUAAAGAUUGUAGCGGACAAAGCACACCGAUGAGCAGUUCGAGUACGACGUUGGAUCAGGAGAAGAAGAGGUCACAUUGGCUUUUUCAGGGACUAAGUAUAAACCGAACCUAAUCAUCGAUCUUUACUUGUAUUAAUUUACUGACUUUUUUUUGUUAUAUAUAUAUCAACUUUUAUUCUCCUCCAAUUAUUGCGUCUGAUUCGUUAUCUUCAUGUAACACUCGAAAUUUCUGAUUUC